GGAGUACUAACUAAAGGUUUAGAAAUUCGAAUAGGAAUUCAGUUCCUUUGAAGCUCUCUGCAGCUCCAUUGUACAUACAUGCACUCUAACAUGACGUAUAUAUAUAUAACGACAAUAUACAUAGGCACUUGUAGAUACUUUUCAAGGUUGACGAAGAUACAAAAUGAACUUUAGAAUGGAAUUAAAUCUUUCGUUUGUAGCAUAUUGUUACAAAAUUGACGAAAGAAACAUUGUUUGAAUUUUAGUGCUUAUCUUAUCGAUUCUACAGCCAUAUUAAGUGAAUGAUAUAAAAAAGAACUAUAAAUAAGUUUAUGUGAUGUUCGAAAGCACAAUUAUUAUAAUUUUACUGCAGCGCACCUGGGGAGAUUGUCGAUCCCAAUUUUGCAUUUACCUCAAUUUGUUUAUGAAUUAUCUUCAGUACGUAAAUAAGAUCUUUUAAGAAUGCAUGGAGUGAAAAGAGUAAUAAUUUUUUGUCUUCUGAUAGCAUUUCUUCCAAUAUCUCUUUUAAUAGUACCUCUCUAUCUUCGUCAUUAUUUAUACCAAGAUGUCGUUUAUGCUGUCACUGAGUCUGAUGUUUUAGAAGUCGAUAAUGGCGUUUCAACUAUUUUUUGUUCUGCUCAUACUUUACAUAUGAAUGAAACAUUUAAUGCAUUUCAAAUGGGUCAUAGGCCUGAAAUAACGUCUUAUCGUAAACAUAUAAGACUGAAAAAAAGUAUGACAUUACCUGAUGAUACUUUGGAAUAUUGGGGUUUUUAUUUACUGACAGGAGCAAGUGUCGCUUUGUCUGUCUGUUCCAGAUUUCCUGGUGCUUCAAUACUAGUUGUAAAAGGUGAAAGAACAUUGCGCACAUGUGGUAUGUUAGAACAUAAUCAAAAUAAAGCACAUUCAAAAGGUGUGUUUUUACCAGAAGCACGUGAUCAAGUUAAAAUUACAUUUGAAACAAAUGCUCAAGAAGUUGAAUCCCAAGAAUAUUCUGUAAUUCAUUCUCCUCCCACCAAAUUUAGUCAAGAAAAAAACCAUCUAUCAAAUAUGCACAAUAAUUACAUUAAAGUAAACAAUACAAGAAAAUUAAAACAUACAAAAAGACACUUUAGAAACAAUCGUCAUAAUAAAAAUGUAACUAAAGGUGAUUAUGUAGAUAGGAAGAAAAAUGUUGAAAAACAGAUGGCUUUACAAUUAUUACGUGAAAAAUUGAACAUUCCGGGAAGUAAUACUGCUGAAGAGGAAUAUGAUACAGAAUAUGAAUUAAAGGAUAGAGAGACCAAUAUACGCAUGAAAAGAAACCAAGAACCUGUUAAACCACCAGCUCUACUUGAUCAAGGUAUAAAACACGGUGGAAAUGCUCUUAAAAAUCUUACAGGUGAUAGCGACUCAUCAGUAUCAAGUUUUGAAGAAGGUCUAUUAAACUGCUACGAAGGUCAAGUGUUAUUGGCUCAGGAAUUUGAACCAUCAAAUUUGUGUAUUAAUGUAAGUUAUUUAGAAAAUGGCAAAUAUAUGCAAACACACCAUCAUGUAACUGAAGACGGAUAUUAUUAUUAUAUUUUCUACAGUGAUAAUGACUUUGUAUUUAACGAUAUUCAUGCUGUAUUCGAUAUUUACAAGCCUACAUUCCAGUAUGAAAAUGUAACAAAAUCAUGUAUAAAUCAAACAGAGUGUAUUUUUCCAUUAUCCAUAUUGUCGUCUGACCGAAUAAUUGUUGAAGUGCCUACUAAGGAUGGAAUUGAACAUGAACAAGAUGAUAUUUCUUUAUUGAUUUCUGUUUGCCAUCCACGUAUGGGAAUGUACAUCAUAUUUCCAGUUGCAAUUUUAUUUUUAAUAAUAUCUUGUGCAUUUCUUUAAAAUUAUUUAAUACUUUAUUUUAAAAUUAUAAUGAAGGAAGUAUUUUAAGAAAAUAUUUUAUUGUACAUAUAAAUAUGUGUGUAUAAAGAAAGAGAGUAAAAAAAGCGUAACCUAUAAUUAUC